AUGGCGACUCACCUCAAUGGUACCACAAACGACGUCACCAGGAAUGGUCAGAACCUGGGACAGAAAACCAAAGUCAAAUCACCAAUUUCUCUGGCCCUCGUUGUCCUGCGCACGUCCAACUACGAGGCUAUGGCUCAAUUCUGGCACACAUUCCUGGGCACCGAUAUAAGCUUCAAGGACCACCAGUUAGCCUUCCUCCGCUUCGAUGCCGAGCACCAUCGCAUCGCCAUCAUCAACGUGCCUGGCACGGGGCUCAAGGAACAGGCCUCAGCGGGCCUCGAGCACAUUGCUUUCACAUUUGAGACGCUCGGCGACCUAACCGAGUCGUACUUGCAGCGCAAAGCAUUGGGUAUGAUACCGUGCUGGUGCACCAACCACGGCCUGACAACCAGUAUUUACUAUCGAGAUCCCGACGGCAAUCGGGUUGAAACCCAAGUUGACAACUUCGACACCGUGGAGGAGGCGAAUGCAUUCAUGACAUCGACUCUGUUCAAGGAGAACACUAUUGGCACCGAUUUUGAUCCUGAGGAUCUGAUCAAGCGACUAAAGGCAGGAUAG